AUGCCUCCAAGAAAGAAAACCCGAAGCAACACCAUGGCCUCCCAAGAUGGACCCGACCAUGGUGAUUCUGAAUCAAGGCAAAAUGCUUCCUUUAGAGGACAAGAACGUGCAAGUGAGGAAGCCUUCACCCUCACUGAUCUCAUCACGGCUAUGCAGGCCAUGGGGGAAACCCAGAAGGAGAUGAUGGACACAAUAAAAGAAUUAAAAAUGCUGCUUCCAAGCCAAGCGAAGAGGAUAGACGUCCGCAAGAAGAAUCUGCCGCUGCUGGAAAGGGGUCUGAACAAAGGGGACCGUCUUUUGUCACCCAGGAGGAUGUCGUUGCCAUGCUGGAAAGGGAGCUUAGUCGAAGUCAGGAGGAUUGGAAGUACAUUCCUCAGCCACCGUACCCAACAAGUUUACUCCAGCAGCCCUAUCCCAAAGGUUACGAAACACCAACCUUUGUUCUCUUCGAUGGGAGGAAAGGAAACCCGAAGGAACAUGUCAACGAUUCCUUGA